AGGAGCGCGGCUCAGUUACUCCGCGAUGAGGCCGCUGGCGGUGGGAGCUGGGAGGUCCGGUCGUGCUAAAAGGAGCAUUGUACGAUGGAGAGAUAGUCCAGCAAGUACGGACCGCGAGAUUCCGUCAGUGAGGAGGAUGGUUUCGGCUGUUGCAGAGUAAAAUCUGUCUUCGCAGAUUGCACUUGGGAUGAGAACCGAGAGCAGCUGUCAUACAUGGACACUGAAUUUUUUUACCACUUUUUCUUCCAGGGAGUUUCAGAGUGAUUUUUGAAUAUAGUAGUAGGGAGGCUUCACAAAGUUACUGCAAUGACAAGAGAGGCUUUCUGUAAUUGAUUAUCAGUGCAGAUUGUACAACAGCACGUCUAAACUGAUGAAAAGUCUGUGAGUCAAGUGUGUGUGGAAAAGUCACUCAUUUUCAGAAGUAACACCCCUUAUCCUACAGACAUCAUUGCUGUCCCUGGUGGACAUGAUCUGUUCUGUGUGCAGCUGAAUGACUCAAAGCUGAACUAUUUCCAACAGCCCCAGGAUAUCAAAGAAUCUGAUUUUAUGAAGUUCUUAGAGAAAUAUGGCAGACACUCUUUCACAGCACCAUCACAAGUCCAACCAUCAUUCUCUGCUUUUUACCGUGCUGGCGAUCCAAUCCUAAUCUACUUUGAUUCAUCAUCUGUACUGAGCACGCUUAGACAGCCAGUAAAAAUGGGACCCAGUGGACUUUGUGUUGAUGGAAAUCCUGCUGGCUUCCUGGACGGUAAAAGUACAAGCUGUACUCGGAUUUUUGCCAAUUUGAGCAAGAGCUGCAUGACUGACCCUGCCCUCGACGCUGCCUCUUACUACCGGGAUUUCACUGUGCUGAAGGUCCCAGUUAGUGGCACCAUUGUGCAGUCCAUGAAGGUAAAUGUCACUGCAGUUGCACCACCUGGAGCUCCCCACAUGAGAGACAACACAUGUACCAAUGUGGUUUCUGAGGUGAUCUAUGAGAUAGAAUACAGUGGCACGAGUGGGAUUCAGAGUGUUUCUGUCCAGUUCAAAGUGAGCAACAUCUCUGGGAACCUUGGAUCCUCUCUGCAGCAGCACUUCACUUUGCACUUCUGGACCAAGACCCUCUCUCAUAUGUUGCCCAGAAGUGGAAACCCUGGCUAUAUCACUGGAGCACCAUUGCUGAUUGCAAACAGUGGUGCCAUGCAGCAUAUGAGUAUUUUACGGAGUGAAAGUGAUGGAAGUUGCUCACAGUUCCUCAGACACACGGUACAAUUUGGAAGGAACAUGAGAACAGGCUGCAACCUCAGCCUAUCCCCAUUACUGGAAGAGAGUAACUGUAGUUACAUCCAGCAGAAGUUAUACAAGGCUUUUCAGGGGAUGAACAGAGCAGAGGACCUUGCUAUAACUGGCAGUGCUCAUUCAACCCAGACAGAAGAGUGGACGACCAUUCUGGUUCAGAACUGCAGUGUCCAGGCUGUGAAUUGCACUUCCUGUUGCAUGGUUCCUGUGACCCUGGAGAUACAGAUACUGUGGGCUAAAGUUGGCCUCCUGUCCAACCCACAGGCUCAAAUACUGGGCGCACGGUACUUUUACCAGUGUCAACCCCUGAAGUUCCUGAGCACACACACGGUACCUGUGACGACUGUUGUUACCUUCACUGACAUGACAGAGUGGCCAGAACCACCCCGGGGCCAGCCCCAAAGGCACUGGAAACUCCCAUUUGACAUCUUUUUCCCAUUCAAGGUGGCAGUGAAUUUAGAAAGCAGUUACAGAGUUGAUCUGGCUGGCUAUUUUUUGUUUAUUCUAAUAAUGUCUAGUAUUCUCUGCUUUUGAAAACAGAUGAGGCCUGUACUUAAAGUUCAGUAAAUGAAUUGUUACAUUCAGAGUAUGUUCCAGGAAGUUGUUGGAUGAAAGUAUAUUUUUUAGCAAAGGAUUUAUUUUUUAUCUUAAAUUCUUCAGAUGAUGGAAAAAUCUGCCCCAUAGAAUGCCAAGUAUUGCAGUGGAAUCAAUAGGGGUCAGGAAGAUCAGAGCCUACUGUUAAUAAAAUGUAUUUGUUGCUUUUGUACAUA